AUGAAGCUCUCACUUUUCAGCUCGCUGCUGUGUGCUUCCAGCGUUUUGGCCGCAAAUUCGCCUCACAAGCGCAAUGUGUUCCACAAGCACAGGCCGACCGUUGAGAAGCGCGUGGCAAACCAGCCCUUCCAACACCCCGAGUUGCAGAAGAGAGCGUCGUCCUUCUUGACCGACAAGACGAAGCAAUUCUCUGUCAACGGCUCAGGCAUCCCUGAGGUACCGUUCGACAUCGGAGAGUCCUAUGCUGGUUUGCUACCCAUCUCGGAGGAUCCAGAUGAGUCCCGCAAGCUCUUCUUUUGGUUUUUCCCAACGACGGCGGCAGAAACGCCCAAAGAAGUUGUCAUCUGGCUCAAUGGUGGCCCAGGCUGCAGCUCAUUGAGUGGUCUUCUGACUGAGAAUGGCCCAUUCACAUGGGAAGCCGGGACCCUCGCUCCUGUGCAGAAUUCAUACUCAUGGACGAAUCUGACCAAUAUGAUUUGGGUCGAACAGCCGGUCGGAGUGGGAUAUUCGCAGGGAACGCCGAACAUUACCAAUGAAAUCGAAUUGGCAGCUGAAUUCCGCGGUUUCUGGAAGAACUUCAUUUCGACCUUCGAGAUGCAGAAGUGGGAUGUCUACGUCACUGGAGAAUCUUAUGCCGGGUUCUACGUGCCUUACAUUGCCGACGGCUUUAUUGGCGCCAAUGACACCGAGUACUUCAACCUAAAGGGUAUUUCCAUCAAUGACCCCAUCAUCGGCGACGACACAAACCAGCAACAAGUUGUUGCCUUGCCCUACGUCGAGUACUGGCAGAACUUGAUCGACCUCAAUGAAACUAUCCUCAACGAGUUGCGGGAACGUCAAGACUCCUGCAACUACUCGUCCUACUUGGACACUUAUUUCCAAUUCCCUCCUCCUCAGGGACCAUUCCCAGUUCUCCCGGAGCCGUCCCGUCGGAACAACUACAGUUGCGACCAGUUCGACAACUUCUAUGGUGCCAUACUCGAAGUCAACCCCUGCUUCAACAUCUAUCACAUCACCGAAACCUGCCCUCAUCCCUUCGGUCAGCUCGGCAUAAUUAACCCCGGCGAUUACCAGCCUCCAGGUGCCAUAGUCUACUUCAACCGCACCGAUGUCAAAGAAGCCCUCCACGCGCCCCUUGACUCCAACUGGCAGCAAUGCACCGACGUGGACGUGUUCGGCAACGGCACUGACCGCGGCGACGACACGUCCCCCGGCCCAGCCAUCGACGGCACUCUCCAGCGCGUCAUCGAGUUCACAAACAACACCCUCAUCGGCUCCGGCGAUCUCGACUUCCUGCUCUCCACCAACGGAACCCUCCUCGCCAUUCAAAAUAUGACAUGGAACGGCCUCCAAGGCCUGCAGAAGUACCCAACUACCACGCUCUACGCUCCGUACCACCCGGAGUACAACGGCGGCUCGCUUGCAGGCGCGGGUGCGCAGGGUGUGUGGACCACCGAGCGCGGCUUGACGUUCUACACGGCGCAUCUUGCGGGACACGAGCUUCCCGGGUAUACACCUGGUGUUGCGUACCGCAUGUUGGAGAUUCUGCUUGGCAGGAUCGAUAACUUUAGUAAUACUGCUAGCUUCACUACUCAAAUGAAUGGGUCGUGGACGGGGAAUAGCACGAUUUAUAAGGAGUGA